GGCGGGGGGACAGUAGCAGGCUGGAAUAGUUAGGGGGUGACGAACAGGUAGAAGCCGAGGGGGGAGAGCUGAGACAGUUUUGGGGGAAAGGGGCAGGAUGCACCCCCAGCUGGCGCUGUUGCUCCUGGCUGCCCCCCUGUGUUUCCCCCUGGAGACUGAGACUCCCACAGCUGGCUGCACCUUUGAAGCUCAUGGUGACAUCGGUCCCUGUGAGGUGACACAAGGCACGCUUGAUGAUUUUGACUGGGAACUGGUUCACUUUCCCAACAGAGACAAUGAUUUGGCCCCAGGUUCUUAUCUUAUGGUGAACUCUUCCCAACAUCCCCCGGGAAAGCGAGCACAACUGCUUUUUCAGCCAUUGAGUGAGAAUGACACCCAUUGCCUACAGUUCAGUUACUUACUACACAGCAGAGAUGCCCGUGGUCCUGGCACUUUGCGUGCCUAUGUUCGGGUGAAUGGGGGACCCCUGGGUACUGCAGUUUGGGAGGUGUCUGGACCUCGCGGGAGACAGUGGCACCAGGCAGAGCUCGCAGUCAGUACUUUCUGGCCUAGCGAGUACCAGGUUCUGUUUGAAGCUGAGGUGUCUGGUACUCCCCAAGGAUACAUUGGAUUGGAUGACAUUCUCUUAUUUAGCUACCCCUGUACUCGUGCCCCUCACUUCUCCCGAUUGGGGGAGGCGGAAGUUAACGCUGGACAGAAUGCCACAUUCCAGUGUCCUGCAUCAGGCAGGGCUAAUGAUGGGGAAAGUUUCCUGCUUCAGAGGCAGAAUGGUGGAAUUACUUCAGCUGGGGUUAUACAGCAUGUCAACCACCACAGAUUCCUUGUAACCUUCCAACUUCAGGAUGCCGGACCCAACGAACAGGAUUUGUACCGUUGUGUGAGCUGCUCCAUCCAUGGAGCAGGGGUUUCUAAUUUUGCAGAACUUGUGGUGAAAGAACCCCCAACCCCUAUUGCUCCUCCACAACUCCUCCGUGCUGGUCCCACCUAUCUUAUUGUUCAGUUGAAUACUCGUUCCAUCAUAGGAGAUGGACCCAUAGUGCGCAGGGAGAUUGAAUAUAGUGUGAGUGGAAGUUCUUGGAAGGAAAGGCAUGCUGUCACUGCCCACACCUAUAAACUGUGGCACCUGGAUCCUGAUUCACAAUAUCACAUAUAUGUGUUGCUUACUCGUCCUGGAGAGGGUGGCACUGGAAGGCCUGGUCCGGCAUUAAUCAGCAGAACUAAAUGUGCAGAACCUAUGCGUGCCCCAAAAGGCCUAUCCUGCUCAGCAGAACAGCCCCGCCAGUUAACCCUGCAAUGGGAUGCAGUUGGCUUUAACAUAACCCGCUGCCACACAUUCUCUGUGAUGCUGUGUUACCGCACAGAAUUAAGCAGCAUGCAAGACUGUGUAACAGCAGAAGGAGGAUCAAGCCAGUACACCCUGCAUGGACUGCCACCAUACCGUGCAGUUAAUUGCCACCUUGUCAUCACUAAUCCAGAAGGCAAAAAGGAAAGCAAAGAAGUGACCUGCCAUACACAGGAGGAUGUCCCAGGGAGCAUUGCCUCAGAAUCUCUCAUCCUUGUUCCACAAGAAGAAGCAGUAUUAAUGAUGUGGGAUAAACCUUUAGAACCUAAUGGAGUCCUCACACAGUAUGAAAUUGGAUAUCAGAUAAUUGAGUCAUCUGAUCCAAGUGUGAUUGUGCCAGGAAUACGUGGUACAAUUUGCAAACUGCCUAAUGAGACCUCACACCUUCUAACAAAUCUCCUUCCUGGAUCCACCUACUUGCUGAGUGUGCGUGCACGAAACAACAAGGGUUAUGGACCAAGUGUUCUUACUGAACUCACUACAAACAUCUCAGCUCCAACUUUUGAUUACAGUGACCUACCUCCUCCCCUUGAUGAGACGGAUAAAACUAUCACUGUGCUGCUGAGGCCAGCACAAGGAAGAGGAUCACCUGUAAGCUUUUACCAGGUGCUUGUAGAGGGAGAGACAUCCCCUCGUUCUCGCCGUGAGUUGGGUGUUCCUGGCUGUUUUCCUGGUGCAACAAGCUACGAAGAGGCAGAGAUGGAGGGAUCCUCAAGCUAUGUGGGGGCAGAAAUUCCACCAAGUGAUUUGCCUCGGGAUACUCCCUUCAUUGUGGGUGACAACCGUAGCUAUGGGGGCUACUGGAAUCCACCCCUGGAUCCUCGAAGAGGCUACCUCAUAUACCUCCAGGCUGCCAGUCACCAUCGAGGGGAAACACGGCUAAACUGUGUUAGAAUAGCCAGAAAAGCCCCGUGUAAAGACAGUCAGCGGUCUUCCAUGGCACCUCAGCGUUCUGACGAAAUGGGAUUAGUUCUAGGAAUUUGUGCUGGUGGCCUUGUUGUAUUCAUCAUUCUCUUGGGGGCUGUUAUCUUGAUUGUCCGAAAGGGAAGAACACAGUUCUCUUAUGCAUACUACCCGAAACCAAUUGGUCUGACUAAAUCUGCACUGCCCUCAAGGCAUGAGAAUUCUAACUCUGCAACACCCAGAGAGCAUACUAAGAUGACAGAUCAGCCAACACUGCUGCAGGAGGAGGCAGCACUUGCAUUCUUGCAUAGUUACAACACCAGAGCGGGAGAACCCCGAGUUGGGUCUGUAACAGAAUCCAGCAGCCUACUUGGAGGAUCCCCUAGACGAGGUGGAGGUAGGAAGGGCUCUCCUUACCACACAGGUCAGUUGCACCCAGCAGUGCGUGUGGCUGACUUGCUCCAGCAUAUAAACCAAAUGAAGGUGGCAGAGGGAUAUGGAUUCAAGCAGGAAUAUGAGAUUUCUUUUCCUGCAAUUCAGAGUUUCUUUGACUGGGAUGCUUCUAAGAAAAAAGACAAAGGAAAAGGGCGGCAGGAUAUUCCACCAAAUUAUGAGAGACACCGGGUGCGGCUCCAUCCUCUACAGGCUGAAUGCAGCUCAGAAGAGAUUAAUGCCAACUAUAUUGAUAUUCGGAUAAACCGAGAAGGUUACCAUAGGUCAAACCACUUUAUUGCUACACAAGGUCCAAAACAAGACAUGAUUUAUGAUUUCUGGAGAAUGGUAUGGCAGGAACAUGUAUCUAGCAUAGUGAUGAUCACCAAGCUGGUCGAGGUUGGCAGGGUAAAAUGUAGUAAGUAUUGGCCAGAUACUUCUGAUACCUAUGGAGACAUUCGAGUCACGUUGCUGAACACUGAGACACUAGCGGAGUAUUCUGUGAGGACACUAACCUUAGAAAGGCGAGGUUACACAGUCAGGCACGAGGUGAAGCAAUUCCACUUCCUUUCAUGGCCAGAUCAUGGAGUUCCAUACCAUUCUACUGGGCUUCUUGCCUUUAUCCGCAGAGUCAAGUCCUCUACUCCUCCUGAUGCAGGCCCUGUUGUGGUGCAUUGCAGUGCUGGCGCUGGUAGAACUGGAUGUUACAUUGUAUUAGAUGUGAUGCUGGACAUGGCUGAGUGUGAAGGGGUUGUGGAUAUUUACAACUGUGUAAAAACUCUUUGCUCCAGGAGAAUUAACAUGGUGCAGACACAGGAACAAUAUGUCUUCAUUCAUGAUGCUAUCCUAGAGGCCUGUUUGUGUGGAGAUACAGCUAUCCUUGCAUGUGACUUCAUGCAAACAUAUAAGGAAAUGCUACAGAUAGACACGCAAAGUAAUUCUACACAUCUACGGGAUGAAUUCCAGACCCUUAACUCAGUGACUGCGCAGCUUGGUGUAGAAGAGUGCAGCAUAGCUCUUUUGCCACACAAUCGAGACAAGAACCGCAGUAUGGAUGUGCUACCCCCAGACCGUGCCCUUCCUUUACUGCUAUCUGCUCAUGGAGAAGAUACCAGCAAUUAUAUUAAUGCCGUCCUGACAGAUAGCUAUACACGGAGUUCAAAUGUGAUCAUAACUGUGCACCCCCUGCAGAACACAAUCACCGACUUCUGGAGACUGGUGUAUGAUUACGGUUGCAGCACUGUUGUCAUGUUAAAUCAGCUUAACCAAUCCAAUUCUGCUUGGCCCUGUCUUCAAUAUUGGCCGGACAGUGGGAUAUCCCGAUAUGGGCCCAUGGAAGUGCAGUUUGUAUCAGGGUCAGUGGAAGAGGAUGUAGUGACUCGUGUAUUCCGUGUACAAAAUAUCACAAGGGAUGAGCACCUUAUGGUGAAACAUUUCCAGUACCUUCGUUGGUCUCCAUACAGAGAUACACCAGACAGCAAGAGAUCUUUCCUAAAACUCCUAUCUUUAGUAGAGCAGUGGCAGGAACAAAAUAGAGAGCACAGGACACUAGUACAUUGCUUGAAUGGUGGUGGACGGAGUGGAACUUUCUGCGCCUGUGCAAUGAUACAUGACAUGAUCCGAUGUCAUAGUGUCAUGGAUGUGUUCUAUGCUGUGAAAACUCUGAGAAAUAUCAAACCAAAUAUGGUGGAGACCCUGGACCAAUACCGGUUUUGCUAUGAAAUUGCUCUGGAAUACCAGGAUUUCCAUGAAAACAGAUAGCACUAAUCAAUGACACAUUAGAGAGAUCAUCCUUUUAUUUUGCUCUAUGGCUAAACGGAAUGUGCCAUAUUGUGAUAUCGUCUUGUUGUCAUGCCAAAAACAAAAGGGACUUAGGUCUUGAUUCCUUUCUUGAUGCAAAUAAAAAGGGCUUUUUGAGUAUCCAUUAUAGAAGAACCCUUGGGUCCCAACCAAAAAGGGCAUGCAACGAAGUUUAAACAGUCCAAGAGUUAAAGGGGAUGUUCACUUUGUCAGGAUGGGAACAGAAAAUCCGGCUGCUGCUGCCUUCCAAGCGGACUUUAAUAUAACAAAAGAUUUGACUGUAAAUGUACUUUAUACAAAAGUGAUACAAGUCCCUACUCUGCGCCUCUCUCAUUUAUAAAUAUAUAUAUUAUAUAACCAUAUAAUAUAAUGGUCAUCAGGACAGUGAGGAUUGGUGACCCUCUUGUUGAAACAGUGCCGCAAGAAUGAAUAGAGACCAGUGUGCCCAUCUGACAGAUGAAGAGCUCUGAAACAGCAAUUUUUUAACUUGACAAAUUGAUAAAAUGGUUUCAAUGGAAAGUUCAGUUCAUUUCAACUCGCUUUACACAAGGUGAACUUUCCCUUUAAAAUUCAUACUAAUCUAUUUGUAUAUAUUUAUAUCUGUAAAUAAAAAGAAUCAAUGAGAAACACCUAACAAGCAAAUCAUAUUACUUAAGGGUGAGCCACAUUCAAAUAAGCAGAACUGCAGAUCCAACAGCUGUAGAUUCAUUUAAAUUUUUAGGGCUGGAUAGAUUAAGCUGGGGGGGGGGUGCUAACAGCCUCCUUGCCAAAGGUUAUCUAGGUAGGUAGAAAUUCCAGGUGAUUGUUGAUAGUGAGCUGAAUAAUCGGUUGUUGCCAAAGGUUCCACCACUCCUUGUCAAGUUAUGUGAAUAUUCCGAGAGGUGGAUAGUUCACCUUUAGUGCCAUUAGACACAGUGCAUGCAUCACUUGUGUCAACUUAUCUUUAUACAUGGAACAGUGUGCUCACCACAAAUUAAUGGGGCUUUAGUUCAGCGGGAUAUACAGGGCCUUUUACAUCAUAGAACUUCUAUCCUAACUAUGUGUUAUAUCUAAGAGUGCAACAUGCAGUGCUCUUUGUAGAGAAGGGAAAUAGUCUACUUGUAUGUUAAACUGAUGUCCCCUGUUAACUGUAAUCCCAUACAUCCAGUAUAUAUUGAGAUUGCUUUUCUUUUGUCUGUACAUAGAGUAAAUGAUGUUUCAACCCCAUAAGUGAUGGCGGGGUUUUUAAUGAUUUUAUUGUAAUUCAAUAAACCUGCUUGUUUUUCUUA